GAAUCCGCUGCGCUUGGGCCCGCCGUAAAAAAACUCUCCCGAGCCACUCCUUUCGCUUGCGCUCCCAGUCCUCUUGUCGACUUAGUGACCCCCCUUCAGAAAUCUAAGCUGACUUGGCGGUGUUUGGGGUGGAUAGCCAACCCACGUCACUCUAUUUGGUUCUGUGGGUUGUUUUUCACCGGCCACUUGGCGUCGGUGAUGCUGAUCUGGACACUGCUUUUCGAAAUUUCACAUUUUCGCGCUCGAAAAUAUCAUUCGCAACGGCUUUCUACGCACUCACCGAGGGCCCAAGUUGGACGUCGGAACCCCAACCGACUCCCCUCGCAGCCUGCUUUCGCCUCCCACUUGCUCCGUGCCUCGCUCCCACCCAAAUCCCUGCCUCGCCCUCUCACGCAACAUUUCGCACCUUGAUUUCUCGUUUUCAAUCCUAGCUCUCGCUCCGUGCCCUUCAGCUCGUCUAGGCUACUUUUCAGUGCAGAUUUCGACACAUCUCCGAUCCAUCUUCAGUUGUUGCGGCACCUUACGUAUUCCGAAGCGUACACCACUCGCCGUCGCCAUUGUACUCAGAAGCGCCAUUAACACUCACCACUCGCCACUCGCCAUCGCCGAAGGCAUGUCAUCCGCGGUUCAAGCCAUCGCCUCGAGCGCAUCGUCUGGCGGGCGUGGUAACGACAUGGCGUCGACUUCGUCGUUAACCGCGACUUACAGCCUGCAGACAUUUUUGUUUUUUUCAAGUGUCAUUGAAUAUCAAGACUUGUGGCUCGCUGCUCAGCCGCUGCUGCUCGCCGCUCUCCAUCAGUCGCCCAUCCGACCACCCGCCACCAUCGUCACCCGCUCCGCCUCACCCGUCGCCUGCUCCGUCCAUCUUCAUCAAGCGGAAGCAGCAGCAAGCCACGCCAGGCAGCGAGCAAAACACGAGCAUGGCAGUCAGCCCAGGCUGAGCAAGGGCCGUUUGGUCUCAACGAUCCGCUUCGGACCACGACUAUCCGCUUCGCCAUCCGCUUCGCCAUCCGCUUCGCCAUCCACUUCGCCAUCCGCUUCGCCAUCCGCUUCGUCCAUCCAAUUCGCCAUCCAAUUCGCCAUCCGCUUCGUCCAUCCAAUUCGCCAUCCGCUUCGUCCAUCCAAUUCGCCAUCCGCUUCGUCCAUCCAAUUCGCCAUCCGCUUCGUCCAUCCAACCCGCCAUCCAUCUCACCACAACCCAAAGAAGCUUCACCAAAAGCAGCCACGAGAAGCUUCAUGGAAGCAGCCUACCGCGCCCAUUCCAGCGUGCGGUGGUGCUGCCAGCACCCCUCAACGCGCCGCUCAACUGCUGCUGCUCGCCACUCGCCAUCAGACGUCCAUCCGCCCACCAACCACCGUCGCCUGCUCCGUCCAUCGCCAUCAAGCGGAAGCAGCAGCAGCCAUCCAAGCCACGCCAAGCAAUGAGCAGCGAGCCAAGAGUGCCCAAGGGCCGUUUCGUCUCAGGCGGCACUGUUGGGCGACCAACCAUCCGUCCCGCCCUCGUCCGAGCACCACGACGAUCCGCUCCGCCGUCCAAUCCGCCGUCCAAUUCGCCGUCCAAUCCGCCGUCCAAUCCGCCUUCCAAUCCGCUGUCCAAUCCGCCGUCCAAUCCGCCAUCGAAUCUGCCGUCCAAUCAGCCUUCCAAUCCGCCAUCCAUAGCCACUCGAUUCGCCAUCCAAUCCGCCACACCCCAUUUCGCCGUACCCUGAGGGAACUUCACCGAAAGCAGCCACAGGAGCAAGCAGCCUACCGCGGCCAUGCCAUGCCAGCGUGCGGUGGUGCUGGUGAUCGCCGUGGCUGGUGGCAUUCAUGCGCGCACCUCACCCUCAUCGCUCGCAUUGUCAAUUUGACUCUCACUUCUCGAUUUCGCCAUUUCACUCUCUCUGCCGACUCCCCUCGGUUGCUUGCGUGCUCUUUCCAAGUGGAGGGCAGCGAGCGAGCACCAGGGGAGCGAACACCAGAGGCGGGCAGCAAGAGGGCCAGCCGCAACCACUCAUGAAGGGUCGAGGUUGCAAGUAUCACCCCGCCACCACACGCCACAAGAGCCUUCCCCUCAGGUUCAGGUGCAGGUGCAGGUAUUUUCUUUCUUUGGUACUGGCUCGCGUGGUGCUGUGGGUGGCGUCAAUGUACCAUCCUCACGCCACGCUUGCUCACUUGCUGUACUCGUCUUGCUUUGCUUGUAUCGCUUUGCAAGGGUCGCUCCCUGCUGUCAUCCACUCACUCCCCCCCCCCUCUCCCCCCUCCCCCUCCUUUUUCCCCUCCCCAGC